CCCUCGUCGGCGUGGUCGCCGUCAGGAUGCAACGAGGUAGGUCGCCUACCGGUCGUGGAUCCCUUUCCCCCCGGACGCAGUCGACUCCACCACGCCCGUCCUGGCCGGCCUGCAGGUGGCCGACCCUCGCGGCGCUUCCCGGCCCGAUGGCGCGGGAGCUGCCGGCCCGCCGCUGCCUCGCGUUCCUGGCCAAGUUCCUCCGAUUGAAGUUCUUCCUCGGUUGGCGGCGCCGGGCCUCACUGAGCCUCCUCUCGCCCGCGUUAUCCCCCGCAGUCCUGGCCGCGGCCCGCUGCGUCGGCCGCGUCGACAGGGCGAGCCAAACGCGGCACCCCCGCCGGCACAGGCCCGACGGCAAGGGUGACUGGGAGGCCGUAGAAGCAAUCGUGCGCCUCGUUCUGGGACGCACCAUGGACGAUCUGGUGCAGCGCGUAGCCCAGAUGUUCGUGAAGGAGCCCCCCAUGGUGGUCGCCGCUCCGCUGCCCCUCCCCGCGCCCCCCUCGGCUCUCGCCCUGGUCCGCCCCCAGCAGCGCUCGCCCGCCGUAGAGGACAAGCGCGGGGCCGUCGCCAAGUCCGAGAUGGUCCUGGUUUCGCCAAAGACGGCCUCCAGCGCGGUGGGAGCGGGCUCGGCAGGGAAGAGCCGCUCCCAUCCUGUCGCCACCUCGCCGAAGGCCAGGAUCUCCAAGCCCGGGCAGUGCCGCUGCAGGGACAGCCGAGACCAGAUCGAACGGUUGUCCAUGACGUGGGCAUCCUCCGGCGACAGCUCCGACGUGCACCCGACUGCCAACAAGCCGGCCGACAGCCAGGUGGCCGUGGUGCCCAGCCGCUACAGCAGCGUGGUAGACCGGCCCCCCUGGAGGCACUCCUUCCGGACCCCCAGCGACGUGAGGACGCCAGGCUGGAGCGGUCCGAGCCGAGCGACCCCGCCCGUGUCACCGCUCGCGUCGCCGCGGCAGAGGAAGGAUGUCGUCCAGAAAAAAGGGAAGGCCACGGAACAGGCGGCCGGGGCGCACGAGAGAGCUCGCGGGGACGCCCUCGCGGACGCCCGGGGAGACGCCCGGGGAGACGCCCCGGCUCCUGACUCCGCCCCGGCGGCGGCGGCGCACGCCAGGUCGAAGGUCAACAUCAAGUCGACCGCCUCCCGGAUUCACCAUCACCAGUCGUCGGUCCAGGUGUUGUACGAGACCCCGCCGAGGCCGCAGCCGGCCCCGGCACACGGGCACUUGGUCUCACCCGCCUCGCCGAGACCGUGCCAGCAGCAGCAACGGCGAGCGGGAACCGAAAUCAAGGUGGUGAAAGAGGCCGAGGCCCAGGGCCCACUGAAGCCGGCCCUCAGCGAGGCCGAGACCCAAACUCACGGUGCUCCCGGGUCGGGACCCUGCUGCCGCUCCGUCAUGAACCAGGUCCAGGAGCUGAGGAACCUCAUCACCGGCCUUCAGCGGACCCUGAGUCAGCUCGGGCAGGAUGCCAAGCAGAGGGACACUGAGGCAGAUCGAUGCCGGCAGGGUGUUGAGUUUUGGCAAAAGCGUUAUGAAGAUCUCAGGGAGGAACUAGUUCGAUGCCAAAGAGCUCAAAAUAACUUGCUCAUAAAAAGUAAACCGAACGACGGCUAUUCAUGAUGAUGCUCGGUUCAACUCUGAAACUCUUUUUCUCUUGCGGGCCGGGGGGAUUUACUCAAAAGUUACUUUGUGAUUACUAAAAUAAACAACGUUAACCAUUUA